AUGUCAAGAGCAGUACGACUACCAACUUUUCGUGCAAAUCUAAAUGCAGAAUUUGUACGAAAUCCUUCAUUAUCCUCACAUUAUGUUCAAGUUAUUCGCUGUAUAGAUCAAUACAAGGCAAGUGAAGUUCCAAAUUACAAAUUUCCUGAAUCAAAUGAUCAACUUCAUGAAAUACCAGACAUUGAUGAUGAAUCCGAAAUAUUUGGUGAAAAAAUUAUCAAAAUACAUAAUUAA